AUGUCACCAGAAAGUUCCCCAAACGAAGUUUCAUUAAAUAAAACUAGUAUAGGUAAAAAUGGAAUUAAAUUGCAUGCAAGAUUAAUUGAAGAAAGGGAUAUAGAUAUUAUUGUGCAAAUUGUAAAUUGGGCAUACAGAGGAAAGGGCGAUAUCGAAACAUGGACAACUGAAAAGGGUUUGGUUACAGGUCCAAGAUUAACAGAAGCAAUGUUGAAAGAAGAUUUAGCCAAGUCUGAAAAGGUAAUGAGAUUAAUGUUAUUAGAACAUAUCAUUACUGAUGGAGCCAAUGAAAAGAGACAUGUUGUAGGUUGUGUUAAAAUUGAUAGAGAAACCGAAGAAUCUCCAGACGCAGUUUUGGGUAUGUUAUCAGUAGACCCAGAAUAUCAAGGUAAAGGUGUUGGCGGUGUUUUAGUUAAAUUAGCCGAGUCAGAAAUGAGAAAUUGGAAGAAUUGCAAAGAGUCCCAUCUCCAUGUUGUCAACUGCCGUGAUGAAUUACUUUCAUGGUAUCGUUCGAUUGGUUAUGAAUCCACUUCCCAAACUUUUCCAUUUAUAGUUAAAGAUAAUACAGCCCUUAAAGAUAUCCAUUUUGUUUUAUUAAUUAAAAAGUUAUAA